CACAAGAUGUGUGACAGUGUAUUGAAAGAUGAGAAGCAGGAUGCACAUUUCAAACCAAAUCUGUCAGUGUUUGUGUUGAGUUAUUUCUGUUGUAUGAGUCAAAAUUGUCUGUGUGUGUGUGUAUUAAUGCAUGUUUGAGGGCAUGCGAGUCAGAGUGGGCUGGGUUAUCAGAGCAGAGAGACAGAAGGCAGUUUGCAGUGGACAGGAGAGAAAUUCACAUUCUUCAUCUCAACUUUGCCUGUCGCAGUCAUCCGCACAUUGCUGCGUGUCACUGGCACACUCCUUCUUCUUUCUUUCUUUCUUUGCUUUUCCUCUGAUUUUGCUUGAUUGUCAUUCUUCUUGUUCAAACACCUUAUUUUAGUUUCUCUUAGUAUCUUCUACCAGAAUAAUUAUUUCUUUAGGUUGCUUUUCUCAUACUAUCUGUUCAUCUUACCAUUUUUGCCUGUAUCCUUUCAUUCUAUAUCUGGCUUCAUUUACAUAUUUUAUUUGCAUAACCUAAUGCAAUUUGGUGGUACCAGAUGGAGUCAAAGCAUCAUGGACCUCGACCUCUAAGACCCACAAGUCCAGCCAUGCCUUUCAUAGGUUGCCCCCACACAAAUGGAUGUGGAGGCCCAGGUCGGAUGUUGCUACGUGAGAUGCUAUGGCAGCUGGAGCAAAGAGUACAUCAGGUUCAAGAGGAGGAAUUUCAGUACUGCAUCUCCCGUGGCAUUCUGGGAUACCGUCACCCCCCAGCAUACCCAAGCCUGCUUGCCCUUAUACCUGCUUCUGAACGCCGCCAGCUAGAGCGCCUCUGUGGUCGCAUCCCACCCUCACACACUGCCAUUGUACUUUCCAGGCUUCAUGAUCUUUUGGCCCACAAUGACAUUCCUCCCUGGGAACUGGUGGGUGUCUUCAAGCAAGUUCUCAAAGACUUCCUGAGGAGACAGGAAGACGGCAUACAGAGACGUCCAGCCCCUUCAGCUCCAUCAACAAUUCUUUCUGCUCCGAGUCCACCUACAGAGAGUAAUGACAGAAAUCAUAUUGUUGGAAAUGCAUCUAAUUCUUUAUCAGAGGAGACA